UUAUCGUCUGCAAAAUUAAUUACACAAAAUAACUGAAGUAAAAGCCUGUGGCGCCAUGCAUCGGGAUGGUCGGAGAGCAGGUCGCCACGCCACUACCACCUUCCGCCCAAUUAUCUUGGAUAACCUAAACUGCGUCCUUUUUGUGUUGCCUGUACUGGGCAUAUUAUGUUUCGUGAUAGGUUCGGUUCUAGGAUAUAGAGGAUUUUGGACGAACAGUGCCAUUGGUAUCAUCGGGAUACUCGUCAUAGGAUUGGGAGGAGUGUUUUGGAGUAUUUUCAUCCUGAUCGUGUGUCGUCAAGGCGUGUGGCGUUCAAACCCCGGUUCAAACACACCGGAGCCGACGUUGGAAGCUGGAGCCGCACCUGACCCGGAAUUGACGGUACCCAACAUGACCUUGCAAGAAGCGGUCACGACUGGAGACGAAACAGUCUUUGUCAUCCAAACAAACGGGGUGUUGCCUGGAGGGCGCAGAAUGGCGCCACAGAGUUUCAACAUGCAAACCACGAUAUCAGGCAAUACCCAAGCUUUCCAAAAAAUGCUACGAAACUUUACAGGAGCAGCCAUUCCAGCCACCACAGACCCUAUGCCUAACCCUGAAGCUAAGGCACCGCCCUUUACCUACCCGGUCGUUCAUCCUCCUCCACCUGCCGCUAAUCGUAUGGGCGUGGUCGAACCGUCUCCAGGGGUGGAAGAUUUACCCUCUCCGCCGUCUCCUGAAGACGUCAUCACUUGGAGAGUGAAUCUCGACAAGGAAAAUGGAAAGAUAUAGGAAAUGUAUAUACAGCGCGAUUAUUUUCUUUACUUUAAUUUGUGAGUUUUAAACUAAAUAUAGUGUCAUCUAUAGACCGCUUAUAAAGUCGUUUUUCUGUCUUUUUCUUCCUCCGUUAUUAUAAUUAAAAAGCAUAAUCGUCAACACGACACAAGCUUUUUUUGUGAUUACGUUUUUUAGUUGACCCCUCUAUUUUCCUUUGCUGAUAAAGCAUUUAUACUAUUGCAGUUUAUACCUAUUUUAUUAAAGUAUGUUAAUGUUUUAUGUAUUUUAAAAGUUUGUGGUAAUACUCCAUCCGUGUUUAUUAUUGUCAGUUUUAUAAUUAUAGAAUAUGUAUAUUGUUUGCUGUCUGUAUUUGUACCUAAUGUUUUAAUAAUAUUUAUUUUAUGAACAUUGAUUUUGUUGUUUAUUCCGAGUGAAUCACAGUUUUAUGUACAAACUUGAAUAUGUCAUGACGCGCCUUGUAAAAAUGUCUAGUUGUUGUAUAAACUAUUGUCAGAAACUCUUUCACGGAUUUUUUCAAGGACAGGCUUUGCCUAAAACGUGUAAACUGAGUAUAAAUUAAAUGAAUGUAAAUCUUCUCUUAACAAUUAACUUGAAACUUGAAAUUCAAAGUUACUAAUCAUUAUUUGCAAUAUGCGGACCAUUGUCAUUGAUUCAACCGGUGUUACGUUCCGAUCUUCGGAUACACUCUCCGAUAUCGAUUUAUAGUCUAUUCUUAACGCUCUUUAGAGAUCACGUAACAAAGGAAUGAAAAUAUCGAUUAUCAUCUCCAUAAGACAUUGUUCAAAAUUACACUAAGAUCGCCCUACACGUAAAAGGCAAGCCGCCCCGUUGACCACAACAUUAUAAUUGCUGUAUGUACGCUGCGUGACUGUUUGCUUUCUUGUUGUUUUGAAAUCCUCAUACUGUGGUCAUCUGUUGAACGAACAGUGCCAGCUUUGGACUAAUUUCACUCAAUUACAGAUAUAUUAUCAAAAGAAUCGAAACGCAUCUAUAAAUGUGAAAUAUCUACAGAGAGAGAAAUAAUACGACCUCUUUAGAUUUAGCAUUACACUUAGGACCUAGCCUUCGACGCAAGUAUGAUGGUGAACGAGUGAAUGGGCGAGGAUACGUCCAUAAUAUCAGUUUAUCAUCUCAGAGUACUUUUGUAUACUUCUUCUGUCGGAAUCGUAAGACAGUAAUUUACGGGGGAUAUAUUCUACUGCCUAACCCAAUAUAGAUGUGAUACAUCGCGGAUGAUCGUAUUUCCGUUGAAGCGGACACGAUGAGACGAACAUAACGUGGAGAAAUUUUGAAGUAUCUGUGAAUCGAAGACCGAACAAGAACUUCGAAUGGCACGGAUGAUCUCACAGUCAACUGAGAAGAGAAUUAUUCACUAAAACUUCAAAGCGGUGACUACUUGACUAGCUUGCGUCAUCUUGUUUAACUCGGUGAAAAAUAAGAUGGGAAAACAUGAAUAUAGAGGGGUCCGUGCCCAACGGGCCCUCAAUCUCGCAGCCGCCAGACGUGAAGACAGAGAUAAAAUAAAGCGUGUGAAAUAUGGCUACUCCGACCCCGGUCAACCGGAGUUCUACCCGCGGUCACUCGCUCGCCCGACAACAGCGCGCCCUCAGAGCGCAGGACUCGCGAUGCGUCGUGCAGAGGCGAGUGAUAUAGGUUUGGAUAUGGGACCAACCCCUGACAAGCCGAAGGUGACGGUUAGGGCAAAGACCUGGCAGUAUCUUCAUACGUGCAUUGGUGUCAUGGCUGCAAUAAUGGUCGGCAUCGGACUCCUAGUCGGUGUCACCGCCCACUGGACGACAAGCAGGGCUGGACAAGCGGGGAUCGGCCUCAUAUGCGGCGGUGUCGGCAUGGUUCUUGGCGUGGUCAUCUUCGCUUUCAUACGACUCAAGCACUCCAAGAUGAAAGACAAGAGAAGGGAGAAAAAGAAGGUUAAGGCUGAUCUGGAAGCCGGUCAGAAGGACGGGAAAAGGAUUCAAUUUAAAACGGAAGGCACAGCCCAGGAUGUUCCAAUGAGGCCGAUGUCAAGCAGAAAGAAGAGAAAGAAGAGGACUGAGCACGAGACGGAGAAGGAGAAGGAAGACACAAAUUCAUAUGAGGAAAGCGUGGCAAACGACGAGACGACGGCGGACACGACGUCGGACACGGCCGGCAUCGUUCCCCGAUCAGUGAGCCGGACCAGCAUGAACCUCCAGGGUUCCAUCAACAUGAGCGCCAUCCCGGAAGACCAGGAGGAGGAGGAGAACGACAAGGCGUCAUCUGCGAAAGCGACCAUGGAGAGCAAAGACAUGGACAGUGAUAGCAUACCGGGUGUCAUUGUGGCUUCGGGUGAAGACACCUAGUUGAUCUUCAGGUCAUGUUCCUGAAUACAACGCCAAGUCAAUACAGAAAACUUGUGGUGUAUUGGUAAAGACUGGUGACUCUCAUACGAGAUGUUCUGCGUUCGAUCCUUUGAUCGAUGCUUACCAUAUUAAACAAGCUGUUUCUCCCUCCCUGACCUCCUGACCAAGGUGUAAAUUACUGGGCAGUGUUUGGGUAAAAUUGCAGGGCCCACAAGAAAAACAGUAUCAAUGCUGAUGAGGCUUCCCUGUUAAAUAUGAUUAGUAUAAUCCUUUGUUAUAAUUACCCAAAAAGUUAUCAUAAAUAUAAGUUUUCUUAUUCAAAAAUAUAUAUAUACACAGACUUCGCCAAUCACAGACACCCACACCGACAAAACAAAUAUAUACCCUAAUAUCAGAGCUUUUGAAAAGCAAGCGCUUGAAUACACGGUUCGGAUAAGAGUUAGAGCCUAUUAUACAACACCUACGUGGAUCGUUGUUAUUUGAUUGGAGGAUUGUUGGUCACAUGAUAUUCAAUAUAUAUAUUGC